AAACAGCCACCACCUUCUCUUUAUUUCAUCCCUCCCUCUUACAGAUUUUGCACCCAAAGAUCGAUAGCCAUUGAAAUGGCACUCAGAAUGUGGGCUUCUUCCACUGCCAAUGCACUCCGAAUCUCCUGUGCCUCCAAACCUCACCUUUCCCUUGCAUUUUCCUUCUCCAGAUGCUUUUCCACUGUUUUGGAUGGGUUGAAAUAUUCCAGUUCACAUGAAUGGGUGAAGCAUGAUGGUUCUGUGGCUACCAUUGGCAUCACUGACCAUGCUCAGGACCAUCUUGGAGAAGUAGUGUUUGUGGAGCUGCCCGAGCCUGGUGGUUCAGCGACCCAAGGAAAAGGGUUCGGCGCCGUGGAAAGUGUUAAGGCAACCAGUGAUGUCAAUUCCCCGAUCUCCGGCGAAAUCGUCGAGGUUAACUCCAAGCUCUCUGAAGCUCCUGGCUUGAUCAAUUCGAGCUCCUAUGAAGAAGGAUGGAUGAUCAAGGUGAAGCCCAGCAGUCCAUCAGAACUAGAAUCAUUGAUGGGAUCAAAGGAAUACGCCAAAUUCUGCGAGGAAGAAGACGCUUCCCACUGAAAAUCCCUUUGUACCAUGUUUUCAGAUCGUGUCAACAGAUAUGAUUCUACAACUUUUAUGUUUAUUGAGCAUAACAUGUUCCCUUUCUAGUAAUAAAAUCUUUAUUCCACUUUAAUAGUACAAUGUUUUCA